AUGCACAUCGUACUAGGGUGCUUCAGAGGCCACAGACCCCUCACCAGCCUGAGGGCCGUCGGGGUGGGCGCCCAGGGCCUGCAGGUGCGGGACGGCGGCAGCACCCCCUCCCCCGGCCCCACUGACGCUGCCGCGGAGCGGCGGUCCAGCCUGCUCAGCGUGCUGCGCUCACGGGGUCUGCUGGCCGACGUGGCGGGCGGCGCCGAGGGCCUCACGGCGGCUGCGGCGGCCGGCCCAUUGCGCGUGUACUGCGGCUUCGACCCCACCGCCCAGUCGCUGCACCUGGGUAACCUGCUCUGCCUCAUGGUGCUGGCCUGGUUCCAGCGCUGCGGCCACCAGGCCGUGGCGCUCAUGGGCGGCGCGACGGGGCGCAUCGGGGAUCCCUCAGGCAAGUCCAGCGAGCGGCCGGUGCUGGACGAGGCCGAGGUGGCGGCCAAUGCGGCCAGCAUCGCGCGCAACGUCGAGGCCCUGCUGCAGCGGGUGCCAGGGUCCACGGGCGAGGCGCCCCUGGUCCUGGACAAUUACGAGUGGUGGUCUGGCAUGGGCUUGCUCGAUUUCCUCCGGGACGUGGGCCGGCACGCGCGAGUGGGCACCAUGCUGGCCAAGGACAGCGUGCGGACCCGGCUGGAAAGCGAGACCGGCAUCUCCUUCACUGAAUUCUCCUACCAGCUGCUCCAGGGGCAGGACUUUGUGCACCUGCGCAAGACGCACGGCGUCCGGGUGCAGGUGGGCGGCAGCGACCAGUGGGGCAACAUCACGGCGGGGACGGAGCUCAUCCGCAAGACCAUGGAUGCCGACGCAUUUGGGCUGACGGUGCCCCUCCUGCUCAAGUCCGACGGCACCAAGUUUGGAAAGUCGGAGGGCGGCGCGAUCUGGUUGUCCCCGGCGAAGCUGUCCCCCUACGCCUUCUACCAGGCCCUGCUGGCGACGGCGGACGACGACGUGGCGCGCAUGCUGCGAGCCCUCACCUUCCUGCCCCUGGAGCAGAUUGACGCCCUGCUGGCGCCCGGCCAGCCGCCCGCGGCGGCUCAGCGAGCGCUGGCGGCGGAGGUCACCCGCUUCGUGCACGGCGAGGAGGGGCUGCGGGGCGCGCUGGCCGCCACCCGGGCCCUCGCCCCGGGGUCCAGCGAGGGCAGCGUGGACCUACAGACCCUGGAGGCGGCGGUGGCGGGCGGGGCGCCCAAGUUCGCCGUGGACCGUGAGGCGGCGCUGGGGGGGCCGCUGAUAGACCUGCUGGUGCGCGUGGGAGCGCAGCCCAGCAAAGGCGCCGCGCGCAGGCUGGUCCAGGGCAGGGGCCUACGCGUGAACAACAAGGUCGUCACAGAUGAGGGGCGGGGUCUGGCCGCCGAUGACCUCGUCGACGGCCGCCUGGUCAUGGUGUCCCUCGGCAAGAAGAAAAAGCUGGUGCUGGAGCUGGGCGUCGCGCCGUGA